AUGCCACCACCCACAGAAGAAAUGUGGAAAAAUGUUGCAGCAAAAUACAAAAAAAUGUGGCAUUUCCCAAAUUGCAUCGGUGCUAUUGAUGGCAAGCAUAUUAAUAUCCAAUGCCCCAUUAAUGCCGGAUCUACUUAUUAUAACUAUAAAGGUAGUCAUUCAGUUGUACUUUUAGCACUUGUUGAUGCAGACUAUAAGUUUAUUGCAAUUGAUGUCGGCUCAUAUGGAAGGAAUAGUGAUGGUGGAAUUUUUUCUCAGUCAGUAAUUGGUCAAAAGUUGAAUAAUAAGACACUCAAUGUUCCAGAGCCAGCCCCUUUAACAGAAAACGGAGAUCCUCAGCCUUAUGUCAUUGUUGGAGACGAAGCAUUUCCAUUAAAGAGUUAUUUGCUUCGCCCAUACAGUAGAAACUAUUUAGGGGAUAAUGAGCCCAAUAAAAUAUUCAACUACCGAUUGUCACGAGCAAGACGCGUUGUCGAGAACGCUUUUGGAAUAUUGGCCGCUCGUUGGAGGUGUUUCCGUGGGCACUUAGAAGUACAACCAGAAUUUGUAGAUAAAAUUGUGCUUGCAUCGUGUUGUCUGCAUAACAUGUUAUGUGCAGACAAUGUGUUUGAACCCGAUAAUGAAUCAUUACAACUUCCAGAAGCAGCUUUAUUGAAUUUAGAUCUUCUAAGAAGAAAUAGCACUCGUGAAGCGUUUCAAGUACGAGAAAAAUUUAGAGAUUAUUUUAAUUCAGAUGCUGGUAGUGUUGUUUGGCAGGUGGAACGUGUUCGAAAAGGAAGAAUUCAUUCUUAA